CUCAUCCUUUGGCAACAGUGUAAUGCCGUAAAGCCUAAUGGCGGCGGUGUUCGUUGGCGCGCUUGUGUUCUUGUUGUUGCCAAAAUCGUUAUUUGCCGUCGGUUAUUUCAGCUUCUAGUCUUCUAAUAAUAUCAGCAGUGACAUCGUAAUGGGGGACGAAAAAGAGGAGAAAAGAGAACGCGAUCGCGGUGGAGAUAUGGAUUCCAAAAAGGAUCGUGAUGGCAAGGACCGUGACAAGGACAGAGACAGGGAACGUGAUAAGGAUCGAGACAAAGACAGAGACAGGGAUCGCGACAAGGACCGAGAUCGGGACAAGGACCGCAAGAGAAAGAGUCGGUCAAGAUCCAGAGAUCGCAGGAGAAGGAGGUCCCGAUCUCGGUCUCGUAAUCGUUCACGCUCCAAGUCGUCUGCUCAGGAGUCUUCCCGCAAGAGUAGGCGGAGGAAGCCAUCACUUUACUGGGACAAACCUCCUCCAGGUUUUGAGCACAUAACUCCCUUACAGUACAAGGCCAUGCAAGCUGCCGGUCAGAUUCCUAGUAACAUCUUGCCUGAAGUGACGGCCUCGGCGGCAUCUGCUGCUGCAGUGCCUGUCGUUGGCUCGACCAUCACGCGGCAAGCGCGGCGGCUGUAUGUGGGCAACAUGCCGUUUGGCGUCACCGAAGAAGAAGUUAUGGAGUUUUUCAAUCAGCAGAUGCAUCUUGCUGGACUAGCUCAGGCUGCUGGCAACCCUGUGCUCGCUUGCCAGGGUGGAGGAAUGGUGAACCUGGACAAAAAUUUCGCCUUUCUGGAGUUUCGAUCUAUUGACGAGGCUACUCAAGCUAUCGCUUUUGAUGGCAUUAAUUUCAAGGGACAGUCGCUCAAGAUACGACGACCUCACGACUACCAGCCCAUGCCAGGAAUGGCAGAACACCCAACUCUCUCUAUGCCAGACAAUGUGCCAGUCAUUGCUGGCGUCGUGUCGACGGUGGUGCCUGACUCUCCGAACAAAAUAUUCAUUGGAGGUUUACCUAACUACCUCAACGAGGAUCAGGUUAAAGAAUUGCUGAUGUCUUUCGGGCAACUUCGCGCCUUCAACUUGGUAAAGGACUCUUCUACGGGACUGUCAAAAGGCUAUGCGUUCUGUGAAUACGUCGACGUUUCCCUCACUGACCAGGCCAUCCAAGGCCUGAAUGGCAUGCAGCUCGGCGAGAAGAAGCUUGUCGUUCAGCGCGCCAUCGUCGGGGCCAAGAACACAAGCGCCAUCGCGCAGGUGCCCGUGCAGAUCCAGGUGCCAGGGCUGCAGCUGCAGUCCAGCUCUGGGCCUGCAACUGAAGUAUUGGCUCUAAUGAACAUGGUAACACCUGAGGAGCUGAAGGAUGACGAGGAGUAUGAGGAUAUCGUGGACGAUAUUCGUGAGGAAUGCAGCCGUUACGGAAUCGUGCGUUCCGUUGAAAUCCCUCGGCCUGUAGAGGGUGUUGAGGUGCCCGGUGUUGGCAAGGUGUUUGUUGAGUUCAACAGUGUCCUGGAUUGCCAAAAAGCUCAACAGAACCUCACAGGGCGGAAAUUUGCUAGCAGAGUUGUGGUAACGUCUUAUUUUGACCCUGAAAGAUACCACCGGAGGGACUUUUAAACUGCCGUCGUUUUAAAUGUGAUCUGAUUCUGAGGCAGAUGUUUCCAUAUUACGCAACGUUGUAAUUUGCCUGUCUAAUUAAGUGUAGUGUAAAUAAAAUUCAUUUCAAUUCACGUAUUUUAAAUUGCAUUAUCUUGGCUCUGUUGAUGCAGCUCUCACAGAAACUAUGUUGUAAUGAUUCAGUAUUGAGCAAAUUUGGAGUGGCUUGGUCUACUUUGUUUCAGUUCAAUUGAUUCUCAUUUAAUUCCAUACUUGAAUUGAGACCUACUAAUUGAAUAGUCUCCGAUUUCUAUGCAUAACGUAUGUUCACCACUUACUUCGAAUUUUUUAUUUAUCUAUUGAUUUCCUGGUGUCUUUAUCACUCGCACAGUGUCUGUCCCAGUCGAUACUGAAUAAAAGGUUGCGUCCUAGCUGAAUCUUUCCAAGUAAAUUUUCUUGUUUGGUAUACUGAUAUCUCUUCUCAGUCUUGGAACUAAUCGACCUCAGUAUUUACUUACCCUGACGCCUGUGCAGACUUGCAAAUUAUCGUUAGCAGCUUGUUAUGGAGUGAAAAAUAAAUGUGGGUGGGCAUUUUAGCAAACCUGCCAUCAUUUGCGACGAACCUCUUCAGUAAAAGUGUAAGCCUGAA